AAUAAUGGCAUACUUUAAGGUGCUUGCUCCUUUGGCUCUGUUCAUCGCAACUUCAUUCAUCUUAGGGAUUGCAAAUGCUAAAUGUAAUGGCCGUGAUGUGUGUUCACCAUUUGAGACGUCACCAUGCGGCGAUUCUACCAACUGUCGUUGCAUCCCUUGGGGGUUGGUGGCUGGUCAGUGCAUAACCCCUCGACAUGCGUCUGUUGCUAAGAGGAUCGAAGACCAUCCAAACUUAUGCCAGUCCAAUGAAGAAUGCUUCAAAAAGGGAAGCGGUGAUUUUUGUGCUCGUUACCCUAAUCCUCACAUCGACUAUGGCUGGUGUAUCAACUCCUCUUACACUAAUAAUUACGAUGACUCAUCACAAGAUGGUUUUUUAAAGAUGACGACUACCACAUUAUAAUUAAUAGCUGCCCCCAAUAAUAAUCAUAAUUAUAUAUAUCCAUCCCCGGCCCACUGAUAAUAAUAAUAUGGAGUAGUAGUCAAAUUACAUCUUAUAUAUGUAUAGGACAUCUACUAGCUAGCUAGCUAUCUAGCUAGGUGUAAUGCUCUAAGUGAAUUAAUGGAUUUACCUAUCAAUGAUCCAGGCUUAGCUGUUUUUAAUUUGUAUUUCCUUAUGUGGUAUACUACUUAUUGUUCAAUAGUAGUCCAAUUCAAAAAUAUUGUAUGAGAAUAAUUUACAUGAAAUAAUUUUUUUGUAAAUAAGUUAACAUGAUUUGAAC